GGUAGGUGCCAUUGGUUAGAAGAUUAGUCUGUAAGGAAGGCAAAGAAACAAAGAAGCGAGACAUGCCAAACAAGAUCAACCAACCAUUUCCUAACUUUGCUCCCUCGUCUUUGUUGGAUUCCGUUUUCCAACUCUCAAUUCCCCAAAUCUUAAUUGCUGCAAUGCGUUAGCAAAGUUUCAAUCUUUGCCAAAGGGACGAGAAGAAUCAUGGGGAGGGACCCAUCUUCUGCCACCGUCGAGGUGCAGAUUCAUCCGCGCUGCGACACCACCACCGUCCACCCCGGACGGGGGCGGAGGCACUCUCCGUCGCCGCCGAGUCCCCCUGCCGUGCACGAUCGCGACUUCAGCCUCUUCAAGCGCUGGUUCCCAUGGCUGGUCCCCACCUUCGUGGUGGCCAACAUUGUCGUCUUCAUCGUCACAAUGUAUAUAAAUGAUUGUCCUAACCAUUCCUUUUACGGUUCCUGCGUCGCCUCUUUUCUCGGAAGAUUCUCGUUUCAACCUCUCAAAGAGAACCCUCUCUUAGGUCCUUCUUCCUCCACAUUAGAGAAGAUGGGUGCUCUUGAAGUUGGUAAAGUGAUUCAUGGACACCAGGUUUGGCGGCUCUUCUCUUGUAUAUGGUUGCACGGUGGGGUUGUUCACGUGCUUGCCAACAUGUUGAGUCUCGUUUUUAUUGGAAUUCGCCUUGAGCAAGAAUUUGGAUUUGUUCGAAUUGGAUUCCUGUAUGUGAUAUCCGGUUUUGGAGGGAGUUUGCUGUCUGCUCUAUUCAUACGAGAAGGAAUCUCCGUGGGUGCUUCUGGUGCAUUAUUUGGCUUACUAGGAGGCAUGCUAUCGGAGCUCUUGAUAAAUUGGACAAUAUAUGCCAAUAAGUUUGCAGCGUUAUUGACUCUUAUAGUCAUCGUUGUAAUCAAUUUAGCCAUUGGAGUUCUUCCACAUGUGGACAAUUUUGCUCAUAUUGGAGGAUUUGUCUCUGGCUUUUUUCUUGGGUUUAUCUUUCUGAUUCGCCCCCAGUUCAAAUGGGUUAGUAGUAGACACAGGAAUUCUCACUCUACAGCUGCUGCACCUUCGGUGAAAUAUAAACACAAACCUUAUCAGUAUGCUCUGUGGGUCAUAUCCUUCAUACUACUCAUUGCCGGGUUGGUUACUGGGCUGGUUUUGCUCCUUCGAGGUGUUAACUUGAAUGAUCGUUGCUCAUGGUGUCAUUACUUAAGUUGCGUUCCUACCUCAAAAUGGAGCUGCAAAUCACAACAACUUUAUUGUGAGUCAACCCAAAUACGAAACCAACUUAACAUAACAUGCUUGAGCAAUGGGAGAAGUCACAUGUUUCCUCUUUCAGAUAUUAGCUCAUUGGAGGCUCAACAACAGCUAUGCUCUCGACUUUGCAGUUGAUAGAUACAGAUGCAGCAUUCCUUAAUGCAAAUAUUAUUCAACUACCUGUGCAUAUGAUCAUACUUGAUACUACAGAGAAAUUAUUUCUUCUAUUGUUGUCACUGCUUUUCCUUUCUUAGUUGUGUAUUACAAUGUGCUAUUAUUCUUUUGUAACUGGAGCAGAGAGCAAAGAGGAAGUUGUAAUUGAUUAAAGAAGCAAAAUACUUCUCAAAUAUAGUAAAUGUUGUCAAAUGAUUGAUUGUAGGAAAAUAUCACGCUUUGGAUUUUUUA